GUAUUUAAAACGCAUGCACACUAUUAUUUCAGAGAGAAAGCGAGAGCCUUUUCUUCAUUUGCAUAAUGAUCGUAUUUCCAGAUUUUCUCUUUCCAUUCAUUUAUUAGAAACAUAUGGAGGAACGAAUUCUUGAUUAUGUAUUGGUGCCGCUUGGGCUUCUGAUGAUGCUGGCUUACCACAUCUGCCUGCUCCGCCAGAUCGUCCGACAUCCCGCCACCACCGUUGUCGGUCUCAACGCCAUCAACCGCCGUCUCUGGGUUCGCUCCAUGAUGGAGGACACAUCCAAGAACGGAGUUCUAGCAGUACAAACACUUCGAAACAACAUAAUGGCGUCGACCCUUUUGGCGUCGACAGCCAUCAUGCUGAGCUCCGUCAUCGCCGUCCUGAUGUCCGGCGGGAACCACCGGCCAGUGGGGGCGGUUUUCGGGGACAACAGCAGGCUGGGAUCCUCCAUAAAGUUCUUCUCAAUAAUGGUAUGCUUCUUAGUUGCAUUCUUGCUGAAUGUGCAAUCAAUAAGGUACUACAGCCAUGCAAGCAUACUCAUCAACGUCCCAAGCAAGAGGAAAAUGGGAAUGAAUCUUGAUAGUUACUAUAAAGACUGUGUGACGGCAGAGUACGUGGGGAGAACAGUGAACAGGGGGAGUUACUUCUGGUCGUUGGGGCUGAGGGCGUUUUACUUCUCCUUCCCUCUGUUUCUGUGGAUAUUCGGACCCAUACCCAUGUUUGUUUGCAGUGUUGUGAUGGUUUUUAUGUUGUAUUGGUUGGAUUUCACAUUUGGGUCUGGAACUGUGUUUUCUGCUCCACAAGCAGAGGGAAUCAGCUACUCAAGGGAUAGGGAUAAUAUUGAGGAAGAAGAAGAAGAGGAGGAGGAGGAGGGGGAGGUUAGUGUUUAAUUCAUUAGUAGCUAGCAGACGAGUGUUUUUAUUGUUGUUGUGAAGAAACACUAAGCAAUAAUCAACUAGCUAGGGUAGAGAGCAACUGAGAUUCAAUUCAAGUUGGGAUAAACUGAUCAUUAAUAUCUACUUUGUACUUUGAGAAUUUGAUGUUUGCGGUCAUAAUAGGAUCAUAGCGAUGGGCAGCAGAAUCCUCUGUUUUUGGUUAAA